GCGACUACCGAAGCUUCUCUGCUGGAUUUUCUCCCGCGCCACCUGCGGAAGACCCUUUCCCUGGGGGUAGGGGCAACCUUCCAAAGUCCCCUGGACUCUGCAGGCUGCUUCUGCAGAACUUGCCGCUGGCUCUUUAAGAGGCAGCCCGAGAAUCAGCUGUCUGAGGAUUGGUGCUUUAUUCUAAAGGGUGGAUGGUGAGCUCAUCCGCAGCCAAUCGGGGGAAACAUGGACCACCACAACCCGGCAAGUGUAACCUACACCUGGUUCCUAGACCGGCAAGCCGGUUCGCGCUGAGAUGAAAAGAAGUGCUGAAAAUCGUAUGCAUCACACCCAUUCCUACGAUCAUCCCAGACACGACAGCUCCUUUAGGUACUGCCUUGCCCCCUCCCCACCCCUUCCCACCCCACCCGUGCCCUGCCAGUCCACCUAGUCCCAGCGCGCAUCUACGUCACCCCCGGGACAAGGUGCUUGCUGGCAGGUUGUUGCAAUGCAUUUUCUUCCACGAUCACUAGGACCAGGGCUAGGGUGGAGUUAAGGUUAGGCUAGGGUGGUUCAUCAGCUUAGCUUUUGCACUACAUGUUUGCUUCUUUCCCUGGGGGUGUGUGGGGGCGAAUGCGGCCAUCUCCCUUGUAAGGUUUUUUUUUAAGGCCAGCAGCAGAUGUCUCCACAUAACGGAUCUCUUAGCAGCAGUUCCUUGUUUUCGCCUUCUCGGAUUCUCGGAUGCAGAGAUCCUGUUCCUCCUCCUCUUUUUUCCUUUUGCCAAGUUCAGGCUGCGCCAGCAUUAGUAGCCAUAUCGUGGGAGAGAGAAUAGGGAGCCUAUCAUAGCCAGGUGGCUCCUGUAGUAAGGGGCGAUGGUUUGUGGUUCCUCUCCUGGCUUGAGGCUCCCUUUUGCCUAAGCGUAGAAGGGCCUGAGGCAGACCCUUCGACUGUGACAUGCCUUUAGCAGCUGCUGUUUAGUUUCCAGUCUGCGGCAGGAACAAGAACCAGAAACAGACUCUUGAGUUUCACUUCCAAAAAGUGGUGGCAGCGACCCACUUGAUGUGAAUCUUAAUACAUCCCACACGGUUCACCUACCCCCCACCUCGUUUUCAAAGUCCUGGGCUCUUCAAAACUUUGUAGGAAGUGGGCUGGUAAGGAUUUAUUGAGAAUGGCCAAUUUUUAAGCAGCACUUUUAAAGUCUUUUGAGCACCUGCUUGGGCAUGGAUUCAGAGUCCUGUACUCGAGCUUUCUCCCAGGCUCGAGUGUAUCUUGAGCAAAUUCGAAGCCGAGUUGUGCCAGGCGGUGUUGAUGUACAUGGAACUGGGAAGCGCGACUACCUGGUGGAUGCAGCUAAGCAAAUCCGUCUGGCGUUGGAACGGGAUGUGAGUGAGGACUACGAAGAAGCUUUCAACCACUAUAAGAAUGGUGUAGAUGUGCUGCUCAGUGGGUUUCAAGUUGAUCCUAACAAGGAGCGCCGUGAAGCUGUGAAGCGGAAGAUCACCCAGUACUUGAAACGUGCGGAAGAGAUCUUCAACUGCCAUCUACAACGAACUCUGAGAAAUGGAAGUUCCACUGAAACGGGUUACAGCAGUCUUCGCUUUCGGCCAAUUAGGACAUUGAGCACACCAGUAGAGAACCUGAGGCACUGUAAAGUUGUGGGAAUAAUUGAUAAGGUACAGAUAGUGCAGAAUCCAGCUACUGGGGGAACCUUUAUACUGAAGAGCCUCCCCAAAUCCCAUGUGGAGACCCGUGAAAGACAGACAGUCAUCCCACAUGGAAUCCCCUUUAUGGCUAAACUGUUGUGUUACUCUGUAAGUGAGGACUCAAUCUUCCUCCACCUGGAGCAUGUAAAAGGGGGAACCCUCUGGUUCCAUCUUUGCUCACAGCAUUACCAGCAUAAUUCCUCUGACAGCUCCAAAAUAUUGAGUCCAAAGCUCAGCUUGGUCUUGGGACACACCAGUGAGGAUAGGCUUAUAGGAAACUCUCAGGAAGCUGAUUCCAAGUCCCAGAAGAGCUGUAACUUCUACCCUGAGAACAGUGCUAGCCAGAUCCCUACUGGAGUGAGACACCAUCUGUUGAGAAGUGCCGAUGGUUCACUGUCUCGGAAGCAGUUGCUUGAUCACCUGCAAGCCAGAGCAGUGACUAACAAGUGGCAUGUUGCACCUGCUGUUGGACCAUGGGGAUUUAUUGGAGGGAAGGAUUUAAGUGUGACACACAUUUUGUCUGAUGCUACACAAUCUCAUUUAAAACCAGUGCAUCAGGGACAUGGCCACUUGGUCAGCCACAGGCUGAAUUUCCGGUCUUGUGACUCACUCACCAUAAUUGACAGCAUAUCUGAGAAAGCUACCCCCCAGCAGGAACCAAAACAACAAGCAGGUGAGAGGCCCAGCCAGUCUGUCCUGAAGACAGCAAGAGGAUGCAAUUUGCCAAAGACAGAAACUCCGUGUCACCGAAUACCGAGGCUUGCACAUUCUGCAGCAUCUUUCCCAGGCCAAAGACAGGCACAUACUGGAAGUCUUCUGCAGAACCACUGCAGUCAGGAGAACCAAUGGGACAUGACACAAAUGAGAGACAGGAGCCUUGGGCAGAAAGAAUUAAUUAUUGAACACAAACAGCACAAAAGCCAGCCACCACCAAGGCAAUCUGGGUCUCCAGCACACCAGGCUACCCAAAGGAAUGGCCUUGGAGUCUGGGACAUAAAUGAGGACCAAAUCCAACUUUGGGCGGCUGAAAUGGUUUUGGCUCUGGAGGGUCUCCACCAACAGGGGAUCCUGUGCCAGGAUCUCAAUCCACGAAACCUGUUACUGGAUGAUACUGGUCACAUCCGUCUCACAUACUUUGGCCAGUGGACUGAAGUGGAGCCACAGUAUUGCAACAAGGCACUGGAAGACUUGUACUGUGCGCCAGAAGUGGGUGGAAUUGCUGAGCUGACAGAAGCUUGUGACUGGUGGAGUUUGGGGGCACUGCUCUAUGAGUUACUGAGUGGAACAUCUUUAUCCCAGAAUCACCCCUCAGGGAUUCAUCCUCACACCCAGCUUCAUCUUCCAGAAAAGCUCAGCCAAUCUGCAUCUUCCCUGGUUUCAGAGCUGCUGCAGUAUGAUCCCAAGCAACGUUUGGGAUCUGGUGAAGAUGGGGUGAACAGGAUCAAGGCACACCCCUUCUUCAGCACCAUCCAAUGGAACAAGCUGGUUGCAUAUUAAGAACCAACCAAGAGAUUUUGGGGGGAUGGAGGGGAGCUAUGCUUCCAGAAUGUAGCACCUGCCUGUUUGUCUGCUGGACUAUGCCCCUGCCAGAUGAUCCCAAAGCCCUUCCAAAAACACGUCUCCUGGAUUAAAGAAAUGUCCUGGGUCUUGUGAACCUAGGUGGUGCCUACAGUGCUGUUGCUCAGGGGGAAAUCCACAGAGUUGGGCUGGACAGGACCUAGAUUUUUCAGAGUUGAGUUGCACCUAUUCUGCUUCCUAGCCAAUAGCAACUACAGGGAUCAAAUUCAGCUUGGUGGGAUUUAACCUGCUAGAAUUAUCUUCAAAAAAUUCAACACUGGUCAAAGAUUAUGAACACCCUUGUAAGGCAGGGGUGGCCAGCAAGGUGCCAUCCACAUGCUGUUGGACCAACUCCCAUCAUCUUCAGCCAGCAUGGCCUAUAGUCAGGGAUUAUGGGAGGCACCAUGUUGGCUACCCCCUGGUAGCACCUGCCUGUUUGUCUGCUGGACUAUGCCCCUGCCAGAUGAUCCCCAAGCAUGGUUUAUACAAGCAUGGUUUAUUUGUAAAACCAAAACGCUGAGUCUUUACUGAGGAUCUCACCAUAUCUUACUCUAAAUAGGUUUUCCCAAACCAGAUGUGGCCAAAAGGGGUAGCUUUCUCCCUUAUGUUUUACUUGCUUGCCCCACCCCACAUUAAUUCAGUUUGGCUUUCCAGUGAUAUUCUUCCAAUAGUUCCUUGCACUGCAACACUAUCUGCUCUACCACUUAUCACACCGGACUCCUCUCUCUUUUAACCUUGAAGCAUCUUACUUCUAUACCUGCUUGACCCCAUCAGCCCCAGCUUACUAGUGCUUUUCUGCUAAAAUGCCACUAAUGGAAGUCUUGGGUUACAAUUUGUAUAUUUUAUAGCUUGCAUGCGCACUUGGCUUCAGAAUUGAAAUGAGGUAUUAUGUAGAGGGAAAGUGAGCAAAAGGCUCUUUUUGUGUACUCUCUGUGGAUCUUCCAUGUUCUUAUCAAUGAAUGUUUUAAAAUAAAAAGCUCUCAG